UUUGUUGGGAAUGAUAAAGGAUGACAUACUUCUCCUUCCUCAAAAGCUAAAAAUCCUUACAUUGUCUUUGUCGAGACUCAAAGAAGAUCCAAUGUCAGUGCUAGGGAAGCUUCCUUGGUUAAACACCCUAAGGCUUUUUGCUAGCUCUUAUGUUGGGUCCAAAAUGACUUGUCCUGCUCUUCAGCACUUUCCUAUACUCCGUGUCUUGAAAUUGUGGAGUCCAGAGGAACUAAAGGAGUGUACAGUGGAACAAGGUGCCAUGCCCCAACUUGUAGAAUUAGAAAUUAGAGGUUGCGAAAAACUGGAGAAGACAGACGGAUUAGAGCAUCUGCCUGCCCUGAAGGAAUUGAUUUUAACAAACAUGACGGAAGAUUUUGUGGCAGAUGUUAGAAGAAGGUUGGGCAGAGACAAAUUAAUCAGUAGGACUCUUCCUACCUCGCAUAAUUAGAGCUUGUGGAGGCGGGAUUCUGGGACAGAAUAAAGUCUUUGGAGUGCUUGACUGACAGGAGUUAUUCUGCUGCAAAAUUUUGCAGUAUGCUGUAUCACCAUGUAAUUACGUAUGUUUAGCUUUUUUUAGAUAAUGUUUAGAUAUGUGUCUGGUCCAUUUUUAAAGUUUUGAAUGAAGUGCUUUCUUGUAAAAAAAAAUGAAAUUUAUUGAAAAAGAGAUAUUGAGAUAUU